AUGUCUGAGAUUGAAAUUGAUAUCAAACUCACGGGCUUGCCAGAAUUGGUCCUUGGCGGGUUGCAGGAACUUCGCAAAGAGUACAUCACCGACUCUGACGGCCCUGAGAAGACCGUUCGCGUUCUCAAAAAGGAGAAGAAGAAGAUGAUAAGGUCACACAAAGUGAUGGCCUACAUCAACUCAGCCUGCGAACGGUCUCAAUCAUUGCUUGCAUCAUACUUUCCGUUUGAUAUGGAUGACUCCAGGUAUGAGAGGCAGGUCACAUUGACUCUAAAGGUCACCAUCAAGCCGUUACUUGCGAACACAGAUGCCGCUACCAAGAUCUAUGUGGAUAUCGACGAAGAUUUCUAUUAA